CAGAGAUGCCUCUUUAAAGGCGAGCGGGCGAAUUGGAGGGCGGGACGGGCGCCGGUCGGGGGCUCCAGAGUUUGCCCGGGAGUCUCCCUCCCGCCGGGCGGAUGUGCAAGUGACCUCGCAGCCCAGGCGCGCAGCCUCCCCCCGGCCCGGCGAGCCAUGCCGCCACUUCUGCGGGGCCCCUUCUGGCUUUGCGUGGCCCUCCUGCCCGCCCUGGGGGCGCCGAUGGAGACGGAGGUCGUGACUCCCAUCCGCCUGGAUCCGGACCUCAACGGGCGGCAGUAUUUCCAGCGGGGGGCCGAGGAUCCCCCCCAGCCAGGGGCCGUCUUCCAAAUCACCGCCUUCCGGGAGGAUUUCUACUUGAACCUGACGCCGGACGCGCAGUUCCUGGCGCCGGCUUUCGCCACGCAGUACCUGGGCGCCCCCCGGCGGGCCGCGCAGGAGGACUUGCGCCGCUGCUUCUACUCCGGCGACGUCAACUCGGACCGGGACUCCUUCGCCGCCCUGAGCCUCUGCGGAGGGCUGACCGGCGCCUUCGGUUACCGCGGGGCCGAGUACCUCAUCAGCCCUUUCCGCAACGAGAGCGGCGGGGCCGGCCGGGCGCUGCGCAACGACCAAGGGGCGCACCUGUUGCAGCGGCGGAGCGCGCCCCGCCACGCCGCGGCCACAUCUCGCUGCGGGGUGGAUUCCGCCUCGAGCCCGGCCCUCGUGCAGGCCUUGGAGAAGUACAGGGGCUCCGCGGCUGGCGGCGGGGGCGGCCAGAACGAGACGGGCCGGCUGCUGCCCGCGCCGGCCAGGAAGAGCAGCCGCGCCAAGCGCUUCGUCUCCCUGCCCAGGUACGUGGAGACGCUGGUGGUGGCCGACGAAUCCAUGGUCAAGUUCCACGGGGAUGACCUUCAGCACUACCUGCUCACCCUGAUGGCCACCGCCGCGCGGCUGUACCGGCACCCCAGCAUCCAGAACCCCAUCAAUCUCGCAGUGGUCAAGUUCGUGGUCAUCGGGCGGGACGAGAAAGGGCCCAAGGUGACGGGCAACGCCGCGCUCACCUUGCGCAACUUCUGCGUCUGGCAGAAGAAGUGGAACAAGGGCAGCGACAAGCACCCGGAAUACUGGGACACGGCCAUCCUGUUUACCAAGCAGGAUUUGUGUGGUGCUACCACCUGUGACACCUUGGGAAUGGCGGAUGUCGGUACCAUGUGUGAUCCCAAACGCAGCUGCUCAGUCAUUGAGGAUGAUGGCCUUCCCUCUGCUUUUACUACAGCUCAUGAGCUAGGACAUGUGUUCAACAUGCCCCAUGACAACGUGAAGGCUUGUGAAGAAGUCUUUGGUAAACUGAAGACCAACCAUAUGAUGUCCCCCACUCUCAUCCAAAUUGACCGUAUCAACCCAUGGUCACCUUGUAGCACUGCCAUCAUCACUGAUUUCCUGGACAGCGGACAUGGUGAUUGCCUCUUGGACCAACCUACCAAGCCAAUCCCCUUGCCUCAAGAUCUUCCUGGCUCCAGCUACAACCUCAACCAGCAGUGUGAGCUGGCCUUUGGCAUCGGCUCCAAGCCUUGCCCAUACAUGCAAUACUGCACCAAACUGUGGUGCACAGGAAAGGCCCGUGGCCACAUCAUGUGCCAGACUCGUCACUUCCCUUGGGCUGAUGGCACCAGCUGUGGAGAAGGGAGGUUCUGCUUGAAGGGUGCCUGUGUGGAGAGGCAUAACAUCAGUAAGUACCAGGUGGAUGGCAGCUGGGGGAAGUGGGCACCUUAUGGGCAAUGCUCUAGGACAUGUGGUGGAGGAGUCCAGCUGGCUAAACGUCAAUGCAACAAUCCCCCUCCAGCCAAUGAAGGGAAGUAUUGUGAAGGGGUUCGAGUUAAAUACCGCUCCUGUGGUUUGGAUCCCUGCUCUGAUUCAGUUCCAGGGAAAAGUUUUCGGGAAGAACAAUGUGAAGCUUUCAAUGGCUAUAACCAUAGCACAAAUCGGCUUACUGCCAUUGUUUCCUGGGUCCCCAAAUAUUCUGGAGUGUCUCCCCGGGAUAAGUGCAAGCUCAUCUGUCGAGCCAAUGGAACUGGCUACUUUUAUGUCUUAGCUCCAAAGGUGGUGGAUGGUACUCCGUGUUCUCCGGAUUCUAGCUCGCUAUGCGUCCAGGGAAAAUGUAUCAAAGCUGGAUGUGAUGGGAAACUUGGUUCCAAAAAGAAAUUUGACAAGUGUGGAGUGUGCGGAGGAGACAAUAAAAGCUGCAAGAAAGUUUCAGGCUUGUUCACCAAACCCAUGCAUGGCUACAACUUUGUGGUGCUCCUCCCAGCUGGUGCUUCCAGCAUUGACAUCCGUCAGAGAGGCUACAAGGGACUGAUUAGCGAUGAUAAUUACCUGGCCCUGAAGAAUGGGCAUGGCAAAUAUCUUCUGAAUGGGCAUUUCAUUGUCUCUGCGGUGGAAAGGGACUUAAUAGUCAAGGGCAGCGUGAUGCGCUACAGUGGAACAGGGACAGCUGUGGAAAGCCUCCAAGCCUUUAUGCCCAUCCAGGAGCCUUUGACAGUGGAAGUGCUGUCUGUUGGGAAGAUGACGCCACCUCGAGUACGUUACUCCUUCUACUUGUCCAAAGAAAGCAAAGAGGAUAAGUCUUCCUACCGUAAAGAUGGGAAGCGUCCUCCAGUCCUCAACAACAGUAUUCUCAGCCUGUCCAACCGCCUGGAUCUGGGUCAGCCGGAUUACAAACGCCCGUCUUACAAAUGGGCCACCACCAGCUGGGAAGACUGUUCAGUCACUUGUGGCAAUGGUCUGCAGAAACGCAUGGUGCUGUGUCGUGACACUCUUGGCCAGCUGGCCUCCUCUUGUGAUGCCACUCAGAGGCCCGUUGACAUCAGGAUAUGUGGAGACCCUUGCCCAACAUGGGAGGCAUCCCCCUGGUCCUCAUGCUCCAAAACUUGUGGCCGGGGGUUUAAAAGGCGCAUACUGAGAUGCACAGGGCGAGGUGGCACCCUGCUGCCCCGUGAACGCUGCAACCUCAGGAAGAAGCCACAGGAGUUGGACUUUUGCACCCUGAGACCUUGCUGACCAGGCUGUCCCGACAUCUGACCAAAGCAUAAUGUGCAGCUUUCUGAUUCUCAGUGAUCAAGUGGCUGAAAGUGUAAAAAUAGCCUCUUGGGGGGAGGGAGAGGGAACCAACUGAGUAGAAGGGGGUCUGGUACAUAGUGCAUUUUGACCAAGAAGAACAUUCUAAAAGGGGAAAAGAAGAGUGUCAAUAAGAAGGGGGCUUGAUAGAGGUUUUGACCAUCCAGUCACUUCAUAGUAACGCAGAAGUAAACAACUACCUCGAAGUUGCCCAAAGCUCUUAAAUGUUAUCCCAGUUCAGCCAUGCAUUCUGUGGCCCUGAAGGAGAAGGCAAGGCCAGAACUGAAAGACAGCACGAUCUGAGAUGGACCAAAGGCAAGGAAGGUGAUUCCUUAGAGCCAUGGCUCCAAUCCCUUCCAAAAUAAAAAGGGCCUAAAACAUAACAGGGACUCUUAGGACACCCUCCCCUCCCACAACUCCCCAGGGUUAUAGUGGACCAUAAGGAAGUACCAUUGAAUCUGGAACAACAAUACUGUAAGACUUCCAUGGGUAGGACAUGGAAAGUGACAUCCCAGCUCUGAUGGAAGUGUGGGUAUCUAGACACAUUUGGUUUUCUUUUUUGUUUUUUAUCAUGGUGUUCAUGUGUCUAUGCAGGGCUAAAAACCAGUCACUGAUUGGUAACUACCAAUCAUUCCUAUUAACAUUUAUGAUCAAUGUCAAUUUUAAUGGUGCUUGACCAAGUUGCCUCUGAAGUGUUCACUUUGCCUAUUUCUCAUGGCUCGUUCGAAGAGACUGUACCAUGCUGUGUGAGGUGGAGCUGCAUCUUAUUCUCCCAUUCCAUAGGACAGGGUUUCUCAACCUCAGCAACUUGAAGCGGUGUGGAC